AUGCAUGAGAGGAUCCCGGUUUCUGACACCUGUGGAGUGGAUUACAACCUAGACGGUGGUGUGGAGUUUUGGGUCGGACACAGGUUCAGAAGCCGAGAGGCGGUGCUUCAAGGUGUGAAGAACUACAGUAUUUGCAGGAGUGCUGAGUACCGGGUGAUCGAAUCCGACCGGUUAAAGUACCAUGUGCAGUGCCAUCAAGUCGAUAGUGGGUGUCAAUGGAGCCUCCGUGUGGCCCUUCGUCAGAAUCUCGGAUACUGGGAGGUUCAGAGGUUUGGUGGAUCACACAGCUGUCUGGCACCCACCAUGUCUCAAGACCAUCGUCAGUUAGAUAGCAGUCUCAUCUGCAGAGUCAUAUUGCCCUUGAUUCAGUCCAACCCGUCUGUGAGUAUCCCGGUGUUGCAAGGUGCGGUCCAGGCAAGCUAUCACUUCAAACAGUCAUACAGAAAGGUGUGGAUGGUAAAGCAGAAGGCAAUUGCACGAAUCUACGGUGAUUGGGAAGAGUCGUACAACAAGGUGCCGAAACUGCUUCAGACACUGCAGAGUUGUUUCCUCGGCACCAUAUGUGACCUACGCGUCAAACCGUACUACGAAGGACACCUCAUGGUGUUCGACUGCUGCAUGUUCGACAAAGUAUUCUGGGAUUUUUCGUCAUGUGUCGAGGCCUUCAAGCAUUGCAAGCCAUUCGUCUCUGUAGACGACACGCAUCUGUAUGGUAAGUAUGGUGGAGUGUUGCUUAUAGCGGUGGCGGAAGACGGCAACAACAACAUACUGCCAAUUGCUUUUGCCAUUGUUGAGUCUGAGAGCACCGAGUCAUGGUCAUUCUUUCUUACUAAUUUGGCGCCACGUGACCCCACAAGACGGCUUACUGGUUAUAUCUGA